UCAAUUUUGGGGGUCCAAUGUGAAGUGCAGAAGCAGCUGAAGGCCUUUGUCACUCUUGAGCGCUUCGAACGGAUCUACAGCUCCAGCAUCGCCGGGUGCCAACAGGUCAAGAAGAACAAAAACUUUGCCUCUGGAGGCUCUAUCUUUGGCAAAGGCGUCAAGUUCGCCAUGAAGGAUGGGCGUGUGGCCACCGACAUUAUCAGUGUGGCCAAUGAGGAUGGACGGAGGAUCGCAGCCAUCCUGAACAACGCCCAUUACCUGGAGAACUUGCACUUCACCAUCGACGGGGUGGACACGCACUACUUCAUUAAGCAAGGGCCAUCAGAGGGUGACCUGUCCAUCUUGGGCCUCAGCGGUGGGCGGAGGACCCUGGAGAACGGCGUGAACGUGACGGUGUCCCAGAUCAACACAGUGCUGAGUGGAAGGACUAGACGUUACACGGACAUCCAGCUCCAGUACGGCGCGCUGUGUCUAAACACUCGCUACGGGACCACCUUGGACGAGGAGAAGGCCCGUGUCCUGGAGCUGGCCCGACAGCGCGCUGUCGCCCAAGCUUGGUCCCGGGAACAGCAGAGACUGCGGGAUGGGGAGGAGGGUAUUCGCUCAUGGACAGAAGGGGAGAAGCAACAAGUGCUAAAUACGGGCCGGGUACAGGGCUACGACGGCUAUUUUGUGAUCUCAGUGGAGCAGUACCCCGAACUCUCAGACAGCGCCAACAACAUCCACUUCAUGAGACAGAGCGAAAUGGGCAGAAGGUGACAGAGAGGGGCGAUGCGGUGACUUCUUGCCAAAGACAGCUACUCUUUUGUGGCCACUUACCUGACUGUGUUGUACUCGAUCCUUUUUCUAAACUGAGCAAGGCAGGGGGGGAGGAAAACAGAAAGAGAAGGAGUAAUAUGGUUGCACUGUAACUCAUGCAACAUACUUUUUUUUUUCCCCUCUUUCAUUUGGCCUUCACGCGUUUUUUGCAAUGAACAGAAGGUAUAUUUUACCGUAGUGUGAUCACAGUGAAAUUUACUGUCUCUUGUCCUCUUUUUUUUUCCCCCCCGCCUUUGUGAGGAAUUUGAAGUGGGGAAUCGUCAACGUACGUCCUUAGGUGUGAAGUGCAAAAUGGGUGUCUGUGCUAACUUGUGUCAUCCUAACCCGUUCUGAUUUGGGGCAGGGACAGAUAGCCUUCCACCCGAAACAUGGGGAGCCCGCGGCAUGCCGGAGAGCGCUUCCCAAGAAGAAAGGAAUGGAAGACGACGCUGAUUCCGAUACUCCGAAAGCGACCGUCCGAAUCACGUGCCUCAAAAGAGACCUUACAAGUAGUUUUCACGUUUCACUUGGGACAUAAAGUGUUUUUUUGGGGGGCUCCUGUUGAGCAGAAGUAGAUUCUAGAGGCAAAGGAGCUGAUUAUAUUAACUUGCAAGAUGAUUCUCUU